AUGGAGAUCUACUGGGUGCUUCUGGCUGCCGUGUUUAUCGCUGCACAGGCACAGAAUAAUCGCAAUGACGGACCUCGGUUUUUGUCCAGAGGUCACUCGUUUCGGACUGUAGUCGGAGACACUUUACUGCUGCCAUGUCAAGUACAAAACUUGGGUUCUCUAGUCCUCCUAUGGCGAAGAGGGCCAGCAGUGCUGACAGCUGCCAGUCUGAUGGUGACAAGAGAUGAAAGAUUUCGACUGGUGGAUGGGUACAAUCUGCAGAUCACUGAUGUAGGACCACAGGAUGCCGGUGAUUACGUCUGUCAAAUCUCAGAUCGUGUAGCCAGAGACCAGGUGCAUACUGUGGAAGUACUAGUCCCUCCGAGCGUGAGAGCGUCGCCCGAGUCUCGGCACGCGGCCGCCAGGAGAGGUGGCGCUGCUGUGCUCGAGUGUCGCGCGGCUGGCAACCCCGUACCAACUGUCACUUGGCAUAAACUUGUGAUUCCUGUUUUCCAGAAUGACACGAAUACAAGACUAGGAGAGGGUCCACAGCUGCAACUGUCGAGGUUAGAGAGAGGACACAGUGGUCGAUACGCUUGCACUGUCGAUAACGGCGUGGGUGCACCUCUAGUCGCUGAAUUCCAGUUGCAAGUUUUAUAUCCACCAGAAAUAACAGUAGAGAGGUCGUGGGUGCAUACUGGAGAAGGUUUCAGGGCUGAACUGCUGUGCACAGUGCUGGCAGACCCACCAGCAGAGGUGACCUGGUAUCAGAACUCUUUCCCUCUGAGCGCCUCAGAGAGGGUCACAAUGUCCGCCCGAGGAAACAACCACACCCUCCUCAUUGCAAAUGUCCAGCCUGAAGACUUUGGUAACUACAGUUGCGUGGCAGACAACAGCCUGGGCCGCGCGCGCCAGCACGUGGAGGUGUCCGGUCGGCCCGGACCAGCGCGCUUCACUUCCGCACCGCUCGCUCGCGCGCACACGCGGUACUUACUCGCCUUCGCAGUCGACAGCUACCCGCCGCUAGACGAGCUCCGGCUUCUUUACCGACAGUUGGCGAUCAAUGAGUCGUUCCAGCAGCCUGGCAGAUGGCAUGACGUGGUGAUUCCAGCGCCGGAGCCGGCUGGGUCCCUUACGCACCGCGUCACUCACGAGCUCAGGGGACUGCAGCCAGGAGCCGUGUAUGAAGCUAUAGUGCAAGCCAAGAACAGAUAUGGUUGGAAUGAAGUCAGCGACAUCUUCCAGUUCCAUACUCUAGGCGGCACACACACGGCACACGCAGACGAACUAACACCAAUGUUCGCGGCGACGUCCCGACCACAACUGGCAAGUUCUGUACUCCUCGCCUUAAUAUACGCCCUGCGCCUCAUUUGA